UCCUCAUCCACGCCAUACAGAGAGAUCGUCCUUCUCGACACGGACUUUCGGGAACGAUUCAUCAAAGGCGGUGGAAACGGCGGCCAAAAGAUCAACAAGACCAAUUCGAACGUGGAACUAAAGCACUACGAAACCGGGAUCGUAGUCCAAUGUCAGGCGACAAGAUCGUUGCCUCAGAAUCGGAAACUGGCACGGAAGAUCCUGAUCGGUCGGUUGGACGAGUACUACAAUGGCGACAUGUCGAAACGCGGGCAAAAGGCAGAGAAGAUUCGGCAGCGAAAGAUGAGGAUGGCAAGGAAGUCUGCGAAAAAGUAC